UUCUUCAUCAAUCGCACUUUUAUCUCCAGCCCUACCCAUGCUUCAUCCCCAAAAGUCCGCUGCAGAAGCAUCAUGGCUUUUACCUGCUUACUCUCUUCGCGCCGCCAUUGAGUCACCACGAUGGCUUCCUAUGGUCUAAAACAUACCUUAUUUUGCUUGUCCGCGCAGACCAUAUGCCCUCGAAAGCUUCAGUCAGGGCUGCGACCAUGAUAUCUCUCAUAAUUCGUCGUCUCGCGGGGUCGCGUGCCUACGCCACUCCGCCUCCGGCGCGCACGACGGCAUCGACGAGACGAGCGCCCCGCGAAACCAUUCCCGCAACACCAAUCAAGGUCCUCCGAACUGUUGACGCCGUGCGCAAAUGGCGGAGACCGCAAGUCCUCGAUCACCGGAUAGUCGGUCUCGUUCCUACCAUGGGCGCUUUGCACGAGGGCCAUCUAUCUCUGAUCCGCGCCGCAGCUCGCGAGUCGCACCACGUCGUUGUUAGCAUAUACGUCAAUCCGGCGCAAUUCGGGAUCAAGGAGGACCUUGCAUCGUACCCGGUAACAUGGGACAACGACUGCAAGAUCCUGGCAGCAUUGGACCGAGAGCUGGCAGACGAUGGAGGCAACUUGGGCCGCAUUAGCGCCGUCUUCGCGCCCACGACUUCCGAGAUGUACCCGUCCGGGUUUCCCGGCCAAGAGGUCGAUUCGAAGGGCAGCUUCGUCGUCAUGACACCCGUUAGCGAAUUGCUCGAAGGCCGUACGCGCCCGACUUUCUUUCGUGGUGUUGCGACUGUAUGCAUGAAGCUCUUCAACAUUGUCCAGCCCGAGAAGGUGUAUUUCGGACAGAAGGACGUUCAACAAACUGUUGUGAUCCGGAACAUGGUUAGAGAUUUCAUGCUACCCAUAGACGUUGUCGUCGGCUCAACGAGCAGAGAAUCAGACGGUCUUGCACUGAGCUCGCGGAAUGUCUACCUUGGCGAGCGGCGCCGGAAAGUUGCAACGGUGCUAAAUCGCGCUUUAAGAGCUGCUGAGGACCAGUACUUAAAUGGUGUCCUAGACCGAGAAACUAUACUCAAAGCUGCCAACUCGGUAGCUGUAGACACAUUGAACGAGCAAAUGGCACUUGAACCUCACGAGCGGGUGAAGUUCGAAGUUGACUAUAUAUCCCUCGCUGAUCCGUCUACUAUGCAAGAAGUGACUGACGUUGAUCCUAAAGCAGGUGGGAUACUAAGCGGCGCGGUUAAAAUACUUCCUGUGGAGUCUCCUCAACCCGGGGAGGAUCUAGGUCAUAGCGGUGGCCCUGCCGUUAGGCUGAUCGACAAUAUCGUUCUAAAGCCGUCCGCUUGAGUUAUCUAAACACCUCGAAAUCGUGUAUAUAAUGUAUUCAACCGAAGCCUCCUGGCUUCGUUCUUUUCCUAGACACCAUUUCUAGACAAGAACAAUGCAUUUUGGGGUCCAAUCCAAUAAAAACUGAUUCAAUUUCUCGGCG